GGCGCUGAAGUGCAGCAAUUGGAAAAGGAGAGAAAAUGGCGGCAACCAGUGACGAAGAAAUGGAUUCUCUGCUUUCCACUUUCGAUCAAAUCUACCAGAAUUCUCAGGAUUUCAAGAGCGGCGUGGCGGAGAUCCAGUUGGCGAAUUCCACGUGUAAUGCCGAGGCCAAGAAGCGAGAAGCUCUGGAAUUCACCUGCAACAAUCUUAAGCAAGAAAAUGAGCGAUUGACCAGAUUGUACACCGAGUGUUUGAACAAUGUUGCCGAUCAGCUUGAACGCCGUAGCUCAAGCCAGGGCUUGAAAGAAGAGGUGAAGAGGAUGAGGGAGGAGUGCCUCAGUAAAGAAGAAGAGCAUAGGAAGGCCAUGGAAUUGGCUAAGCAAGACUGUGCUGCCAAGGUUGAUGACUUGGAGGCUCAAAUUAGAGGGUUUAUGCUUGAGAAGGCGACAAAUGAAGCAACCAUUGAUCACCUUCAACGGGAUUUAGCAGCUCAUAAAUCCCAUCUGCAUGUUCUAGCAAGCAGGUUGGAUCAUGUGCAGUUAGAUGUGGAAUCAAAAUAUAUUCUGGAGAUUCAGGAUUUAAAGGACUGUCUUGCAAUUGAACAGGAGGAGAAAAAUGAGUCGAGUAAAAAACUCCAGGACUUACAGAAGGAAUGUGAGUGUGAGUGCUGGUUAGCAGAUCAAAGCUCGUUGAGCAGCAACGAGAUUCGAAUUCGAUUUGGCAGGUUGAAACACUUAAGACCAAGAUUAUGAAGCUGAGGAAGGAGAAUGAGAUCUUAAAGCGCAAGUUUCCUCAUUCAGAUGAGGGCUAGAUGUAGAUGGGUGGAAACAAGUUCAUUGUACUGUACUAUACGUCAAAUGCUAGAUUGAUGGUUUUGUUUGUGGUGUUUUGAGUGGCUCUCUUUGGCCUGCCUCUCUGUUGCACGACUUGGACAAUGAGGUUACGGAAAUUUGAAGUCUUGACUGGCA